AUGUCGGGCCUUCUGAACUCGAUCAGACAGGAUUCGAGCUCAUCGUCGUAUUCGUUUUUUGGGCCGAAAAGGUAUCCCGAAAGUGUUGCAUUCUGGCACGAUCCCUCCGCAGCACAGACGAUCAAAGGGCCCCCAAAACAAGCUCUAUUCCAGCCUCCCCCGGAUCAGAAAAAGCAUAAGCGCACCCGGAGUGGCUGCUUUACCUGCCGUUCGCGCCGGAUCAAGUGUGAUGAGAACCAUCCACUCUGUGAACGGUGUAGAAAAGGGGGCCGCGAUUGUGUCUACCCGUCACCCACCGCAUCCUCCAAGGCUAGCUCACACACUACAGCUAAGUCGCGCACUAGUCGCCCGCAGUCUCGUGGCAGCGACUCAUCUGCGAAGGUAGGCCCUGGGAUUCUGAGCCCAUUGCAGCCCAUCAUCGAUGAAGAGGAGCCCGACAGCGCCGUAUCCGAAUCCCGAUCGUCGCCAGCAAGCACGACUGCUACAUCACAACCGGACUCGCGUAAUAGUCAAAGCGUACAAUUUCUUCGGAAGCACAAUGCCAGAGCCACGUCUGACGCUAGUGCUUACAUGAAAGAACAGAGUAGUUCGCCGUCCACUGAAUCGCCGCGCCUCGAGUCGUUGAGCGUGCGCUCGGGCAGCCUGGGACAUUCCACAGCAGAAUUGCUCAACAAUGCGCGCCUACCGGACGAUGUACGAUUUUAUUUAAAUUUCCACCAUGAUUUUAUAACUCCUCCAUAUUUCUUCUUGAGACAGCAUUCCUCCAAUUUCCUCCACCACAGCCUUAUCGAACUUGCCUUGCAGUAUGAGCCUCUCCUUUAUGCGCUGGUGGGCUUUUCGGCCUACCAUCAUUGUUUACACAGCCCCGAGGGGAAGCUCUAUACAUUUUUGAAAUACUACAACAAAACCUUGGUUCUUCUCCGGAAAUCUUUGGGUUCUGGAGAGGAGCACAGUGAGGCUACAUUGUGCACUGUCCUUGUCCUGACAACAUUUGAGGAAUACAUAGGCGACUGGAUGAACUUGAUCGAUCACCACCAGGCGGCACACACAUUUGUGCUAGAGCUAAUCACACCCGAAUCCGCCAACGUGAACGAGCUACAUACCAACAUCUUCUUAUGGUACUCGCGCUUCGAUGUGGUCGUGGGGAUUUUGGCCGGCACUGAAACAGUCCUCGGUCGACACUGGUAUCUUGCAAAGGAGCAUUAUGAUGCUGAGCAAGCCGCUAUCUAUCCGGAUGAUCCAUCCAAACAACUCGCCCUGGUAGCAUCAAUCAACCGACGCUUUGGCUUGGAUAUGGCUUCUCUUUAUGCAAAGUUAUCUCGCGGCAUGAUAUCAAUGGAACAAUUCGCCAUUCAGAACGAACAUCUGGGCCAAUGGCUUGAGCAGGCCAAGACGAUUCUCAGGACAUUUGAUGAUUACGAAUACAAAGUCCAGUACUACCCACAAAAGCAGCCCUUGACCGAAGAUGAUGUUGUCGAUCCAUACGUACCAGGAAUCUUGCAUCGAGGACCCUUGUGGGAUAUCAAUUACGCUUGGAUCGACAUUCUCGCCACCGAGACAAUGUACAAGUUCCAAACCAUGCAAGUCCUGCAGCAGCCUUUGCUCCAAAAUUUGCAAGACUUGGCCAAGGAGCAGUGUCGCCUGAUUGAGACAAUGAUACGGUGGCCUCACAAAGAAAACGGAUAUUGCAUCAAUUUUAAAAACAGCCUUGGCAUGUUGGGCAUGUUUCUUCCUAGGGAGCAUAAGUAUCAAAUGUGGGCCCGCCGCACAUUGGCGUUGUUAGAGCAACAUGGGUACAUCAUCGCCCCUAGUUUCCGCACUGGGCUUGCUACCAUCUGGCAAGUCCCAGAGGUUAACCAUUGGUGGCUCCCUAAUGACGAAGGGUAUACAAGCAUUAUCCGCGAAAUUCGCUCCUUGUCCGAUGACCGCUCAUCGCAGGUACGCGAUGAGAAGCACGAGACUGUUCGUGAUAUGAAAUCUAUGUUCGGGAGCUUGAAUCUGGAUGAAAACGACGACAAGAACCCUCCAUUUCUAUAG